UAAUAGAAGAAUAAAAAGUUCUUUAUCUACGAAGCUAUAGGUGGAUAAAGUAUGCCAUCAAAAUUUCGAUUGGAAAACUCUUACUUGCUCUUAACUCUGAUGAAAACAAAGCGGAGUCGUACGUGAUAGCUGUCACUUGUAAAUAUUCACUCUUCAGAGCUUGAGCCAUUUUAUAGCGUCUUAUCUCUUGCUAAAGAACAUACUGAGGACCAAACACGACAUGUAGAACAUAAGAUUACAACCAUUCUUUCGGAUUAUAUUCGUCCAUAUGCUUUUUAUCCGAAGUGCCAACAAUGUGACCAGACUCUUCAGCUAUCAUUGUAUAUGUAACCAUGAAGCUACCUGUGGUUGAGAUUCUUGAAUUCACUCUUCUUUUGAUCUUUUCUUUAUGCCGCCACUUUACUACUGCUGCACUAAUAACUGCUCCGAAUUCAUAUGUCUGGAAGAGUAGCUCUUGGAGCUCUUGCAAGACGAUCGGAAAUUGUGGGUUCGGUAAAAGAGUCCGUCAUGCCAUCUGCCAUGAUCCCACUGGUUCCUUAGAAGUAGAUAAUUCAAAUUGUAUUGAGUCCAAAAAACCUUCUUCGACUGAAGACUGUUUUAAAGUUUGUGAAAAACAUAAAGAAUUCCUUAAGUGGAGAAUCGGCAAAUGGUCAUCUUGUAAUCCUAAAACAAUUCAUUCCUCAUCUGUUCCAUGCACUGGUGUCUCGCUGCCUGGUUUGGCGGAGCGAAAAAUCAGCUGCAUAUUCACCACGACCCAAAAUGAAGUGGACAUUUCAGCGUGUGAACAUUUCUGGGAUGUACCAGAAUCCAAGAUGUCCUGUUCCUUAGACUGCCCACAAGACUGCGUUGUCAGAAAGAAAAAUGUCACGUGUAUUCUUGAUGGAUGUGAGAAGCAACAUGGAUGGUCAAGAGAGGUGACAGAGCUGGUUGUAUCGCCAAGUGAUGAGAAAUCGUCUUGUCCAAAAUUAUCCUCUGAGACAAUAUGUCGUCGGGAAAUGUUAACAAAAAUAUGCAAAAGCACGCAGACUUUAAAAAAGAGUUUUCUACUUAAGAUAGGAGACUGGAGUAAGUGUCGAGCUACCGACAGAGAUUAUGCAAAUGGUUUUCAUCCGGGACUUGAUAUUCGACUUUCAAUGCAGCCAAUCAUUGGAUUCACCAGACGUAAUAUUACGUGCAUCACGGAAGAAGGUGUCACCACUGAUUUGAGGUUUUUAGCAUUUUUUGCAGCAACAGGGAUUGCCCUAUUUAUAGGAGACUGGAGUAAGUGUCGAGCUACCGACAGAGAUUAUGCAAAUGGUUUUCAUCCGGGACUUGAUAUUCGACUUUCAAUGCAGCCAAUCAUUGGAUUCACCAGACGUAAUAUUACGUGCAUCACGGAAGAAGGUGUCACCACUGAUUUGAGCCUAUGUAACGUCCAAGAACUUCCAGUGUCUACAAAAAAAUGCGUUGUACCUAUUGACUGCGAAGUAUCUCCUUGGAGUGAAUGGAGAGUUCGAAAAGAAGGGUGUAUUAGUUCCGAUGGAAGAAUCCAUCCAGAGACUCGUACCCGGUACCGUCGAUUACUUCAGAUGCCAGUAGGAGUGGGAGCCCGUCCUUGUCCUCCCCUUUAUGAAGAAAGAAAUGUUUCAAAUGAUCUUCCAUCUUGUUACAAAUAUCAGUGGUUUCCGUUGGAAUGGAGUAAUUGCGAAUUACGGAUUCAUGGUCAACAUUUGAAAGUUUAUAUUGUCAAGCCAUCUUGCGGAAGUGGUCUCCAAUAUCGAAACGUCACCUGCCUCCGUGCUAACGAUAUGUCACCUGCUGAUGAUUCCUAUUGUAAAGAAGCCAUGCCAGCUACAAUACAAAGAUGCAAAGUGCCCUGUAAGCGUGACUGUCAAGUUUCUCACUGGUCUCGCUGGGGCCCCUGCGUAAUCACUAAAAAAAAUAAGGAGAGACCCCCAGAUGAAAUAAAAGGUACGAAAUAA